GAGUCUCAGCCUCGGUCGGGUCUGCUCCAGUCCUCCAUCAUCACCCUGUACACCAUGUUCCUGACCUGGUCUGCCAUGACUAAUGAGCCUGACCGAGCAUGCAACCCCAGUCUGCUGGCCAUCUUCCAGCAGAUCACAGCUCCCACGCUGGCUCCUCUGGAGGUCGAGAACCAGACAGCCGUGGUGAUCAUCGGCACAGAGGAGCCCAACAUGACGUCUCCGUACCUGCAGUGGUGGGACGCACAGAGCAUCGUGGGGCUCAUUAUAUUUGUGCUGUGCAUCCUUUACUCCAGCAUCCGUUCAUCCAGCACCAGCCAGGUGAACAAGCUGACGAUGGCCUCCAAAGACUCGUCCAUCCUCGCCGAGGGCGGCAGCAGCGCCGACCUGUCAGAGGAGUCGACGGGGCCGAGACGAGUGGAGGACAACGAGCGGGACAUGGUCCAGUACAGCUACUCGUUCUUCCACUUGAUGCUCUUCUUGGGUUGCCUCUACAUCAUGAUGACUCUCACCAACUGGUACAGCCCUGAAGCAGACUACACCGUCACCAGCAAGUGGCCAGCAGUGUGGGUGAAGAUCACCUCCAGCUGGGUGUGUUUGGCCCUGUACGUCUGGACCCUGGUGGCCCCCAUGGUCCUCACCAACCGGGACUUCAGCUGAUCGGCGACGCCAUGCCGAUCCGCUGCAUUUUUCAUAUAUAUAUAUACAAACUCCAACCAUAUUGCCUACAUCUUACUGUCAAGAUGGACUCGUGUUUUCUACUUUUAGCUGGAAUGUCAUUAUUUCUGAUUAAAUGAAGUAAAAGAAUUAGAUCUGGUUCAGUGGUGCCAUAAGAGCUGCUUCAAGUGCAGGUACUCAGAAGCACAAACAAUCUAUUAUACUGUAGCUCAAACAUGCUGGUUGUUGAUUGUGUAUUUUUAUGAAUUCCAAAUCAAAAACUAGUUCAAAAAAAUCAAGCUAUUCUUGCAUUUAUUAUUACUAUUACACACCAAACAAACCACAAAUGAAAAUUGCUUAAUUGUUGCACUGCUUCAAAAUACACAUACUCCAGAAUGUCAGCAUUACAGCCGUCCUCAUGUCAGUCUGACAGAUGAUGUAGUUUUCUGUUAUGAGCUCCGAUGCCUUAUAUGUGUGUGUAAAAUGUCUGGAGUAUACGGAGAGUAACCAAAGUACAUGAGUGUAAUGAACCACAAUAUGACCUAAAGUCAGCUUAAGUUUCUGCCAAAUGAUUAUGGACCAGGAUGUUUAAUGUAAAGAGGUCUUUAAAUGACAUUGUUAGGUGGUAAAAUGGAUCCACACAGUAUCAGAACUGCACUGAACAGGCAAAAUAGCAUAUGGAUAAAGCUAAAACAGUGAUGAUUUCAUUCUUGUCUGAGCACCUUUAUAUGACUCCAUCUAGUGGGGAGUAGCUAGUAUUUAUUAUUUUAUUCUUCUUCUAAAGAAUGUCCUCUCUUUUCAUCCAACAAUAAGUUGUUUUAUAAGAACUGUCAGAGUUACCGGAACGAUUCAGUAUGUUGGAAAACAUGAAUUAAACCAUGUUUAUACGACACAAGCACGGACCAAAUGCCUUGUAAGCCAAACUGAUUUACUGUGUGUGAUGAGCAGGUUGUGAGUUCUCAGCAGAGUUUCUGUUGAACUGUUUUCACUUUUGCUUUGACUCAGGUUUAACGACAGAGAUCCAUCGUGCAAUGUCACGUUGCAAGUACAUAAUUAGGAGCAACAGAAGCCUCACACAAAGAACAAAGAUGAAAUGAUCCUAAUACUCCACUCAGUUCUCGGGGCUUUUCACAUUUGUUGGGUUUCUCUACUAUGACAGAGAACCCCAACAAAUCUCCCUAUAAGCAGGAAAAAGCCUCAAAAAGCAGAGCAGAACCAGGCCCGGGGAGGGCGGCCGCCAGCCAGAGAAACAAAACUAAAUAACAUGAUAAUAAUAUGAGAUAUUUGUAUGACAAAAAUCCUCAAAUCAUAUUUGGUUUUCCACUUGUUUGUGUGUUAUUUAGCAAAGCAGUGUGGCUUCAUGUUGAAUGUUGAACCUCUGCUGUGACUGACUGCAAAUACUGUAUGUGACUGAAUAAAGGCAGAUUUACAGCCGA